UUCGAUUGAUUAUUCCAUGACAGAAUUUGAGAAUGUAAAUGGUAGAUAGUUUCGAUGUAAAUCUCAACGUAUUGUCAAUGCUAAAAUUAUUCCUAGUCUACAAUCAUCAAGGAAGAAUGGAUUAUGGCUUGACUGUACUGGCGGUGUAAACACUUGGUAAUGUUUUUCGAUUGAAAGCAAGAUGAACCAAACUGCUCGUGUGCAAGUUAUCGAGGCGGGAAGACCUACAAGUGUGUCGCAGAGCGAACAUGACAAAGUACUAGAAAAGCUAAGACAGUGCGAAGCGGAAAAAGUUCAAAUAAUAAAGGACCAUGGCACGUUGAUGAAAGAGUUUAACACGAGAAUGCAAGUCCAUCUGGAGGAGAUUCGUUUGUUAAAGGAGGUUAAUCAUAAACUUCAAACCGACAUGCAGGAACUUCGGGAUCUCUGCUGCUAUUUAGACGAUGACCGACACAAAUGUAGAAAACUUGCUCGUGAAUGGCAGAGAUUUGGUCGCCACACCGCCACAGUUAUGCGAAACGAAGCAGCAUCCUACCAAGAAAAACUCCAUAUUUUAGAAUUGCGAGAAAGCCAGAUCUCGACCGAAAAUAACGAAUUAAAAGAGCUGUGCUUGUAUCUCGAUCAGCAACGUAAAACAACACGGAGUGCAACAUGUAGUAAUUGCACAAAAAGUACGGAUUCACAGCCAAAUCCCUUGGUAAAUGGAACUCUAGACACGGUGACUAAAGGCCCGGGUUAUUCAGAGAAACUCGAAACUCGUCUCAGUAACAUUGGAACCGAAAGAGCUCCAAUACGAAAGAGUUUAGAGGAUAUCAGUGACAGAGGAGCAAGGAAAAGAGUGUCUUUUUCUAUGCCUGAUGAGCUGACAGAAACAGACACAGAGAGUAUUGACAGCAGAUGUAGUACAUCAAGAAUCAACAGAUAUGGGCACCACAAUGGAAUCAAAGAAAAUGGUCAAACUGGAAUACUAAGAAAUGGAAUACGGCCCAAACAGGGGAAACUACCAUUUAUGAGCAACUCUAAGAUGGGACCAGAAGCGGUUCAACAAGCAAUGAAAGUGUUGGAAAUCCAUAACAGUCUUGACAACAAGGACAAGGAAAACAACAGCAAGGAAAAUGAGGGUCUUGAUGACACAGAGGUUGCAGUUCUUAAAGAAAUGUGUAAUGUUGUCUGGAGAAAACUGUCAAAUGGUGACCAGACUAAACCUGCUCAAGUAAAUAGCAACGACCAUAGUGAUGAGGAAGUGUUGGAAGACCUCUUAUGACAACAGAUUUCGACUGCAAUAUUUGCUGUGUUUUGCGUUGGCAAAAAGACGACAUAAAUAGUGGAAAGUGUGCUACCAUUGGCACCAAGACAAGAUCUAACAAAAGUCAGCAUGUGAGAGCCACUCUUUGGGUUGACAUAAACUUCAUAAGGAGGAUUUAGUCAUAUUCUGUUGUGCACAGAAACGUUUCCCAUAUCAGGGUGAUCAGCACAUCUCAUAUUCUUAUUGGUGCAACCCUCAACAGUUAUUAAAGUAAAUGGAUAAAUUAUAAGAAAAUUUAACUGAGGUUAAAACAGAAAUGUAGAAUUGUGCUAGGAUGCUUAUUAAAGUGCUUAGGAUUACAUAAACCUAAUAAAGCACAUGGUAUGCACAAUUUUAUAUCAGCAUUCACAUGCCGCAGAUGGUGGACUUGGCAAAAAGAUUGUCUUAAAGUAUGCCCCUCCCCUCAAAUACAACUUUUUACAGUUAGAAAUACAAUACUUGGAAGGCCUGUUGUUUUACACCAAACAGGCUGAAGCAGGCAUGUUUUGUCAGGAAUGCCAAGUAUGGAAUAAACUGUAUGGAAUGUUGCUGUCUUGUGUGUUUUGCUGUUUAAUUGCAUUUGGCAGGAAUAAAAAAACAUGUACAUCCAUUUGAGCCUCUCUUUGGUGUAAAACCACAGGCCUCCCAAGUAUUGUAAUUUUAACUGCAAAAAGGGUUAUUGAUGGUGUGGACCAAAUGCUGGAGUUACUGUAGCAAGUUUGAUCUUUUGUUCCAUUAUAUAAUCAUUCACACAAAACUAAUAAUUUAUAGCAUGUAUAACAUGAUAUCUGACUUUUGCCCAUUUUGUAGCUUGUGGAGUACCAAGCCGGUAAUUUUUUUGUACAGUCAUACUCUGACUGAUCAUAAGAAAUAGAAGAAAUUUAAAAAAUUGUAUAUCAUUUAUAUUUUGCCAAAUGAUCUGAAGGGUAUUUUAGACAACAAAUGAUAAAUUAUCAAGUUCUAUACAUGCGUCUUGUGUGCAAA